UGGGCAUAAAACCGGGACGUUCGAACUAUUAUUCACCAGUGCUUGAUCAGAUCUUAGUGAAUUAACAUCAUGAAAGUAUUGUUCCUCGUGUUACUUGGUCUUUAUGGCCUGGCCGAAGUGAGGUGUGAAGAUGAUCACUUUGAGGAUGGUGUUUACAAGGAGGCUAUCGCCUUUGUGAUGGAGUGCUCGUCGCAGGAUGUCGGUCUGUGCUUGAAGGAGAGGGCCUUGAAAUACAUCGACAGAUUGCCGGCAAAUAUGGACAUAGGAGGCGCAAUCAAAAUUAAACAGUUGGAUGCAGAGCGUUCUGGAAAACACUUCAACCCAUUGGUCCUACCCGAAGAGCCAAGAGCUAGAGAGGAAGCUGUCGAUAAUGCACUCUUCGACAAGAUUGCGGAGUACUUGAGUUCACAUACCGUCGAAUUUAGGUUACCUUCCGAAUCUGUUAAGGAUAUGCAGAGGUCUAUGAUGGUUGAUGAAGGCAGGAAGAAGCAAGGAGGAGGAGGUGGGGGUAAGAAAGGAGGCGGUGGCAUGAAGAUGAUGAUGAUGCUAGGUAUGAAAGGAGCCCUCCUCGGAGCCUUAGCCCUCAAAUUCAUCGCUCUCAUCGCCUUCAAAGCCCUAGUGAUCGCCAAGAUAGCCUUUACGAUAUCCGCCAUUAUCGCUCUCAAGAAACUGCUGGGUGGUAAACAACAAAGCUCCACCUAUGAAGUUGUUGCACAUCCACACUACGAAGAACACGGAGGUGGUCACUACGAUAGAUCCUUUGGACCAGAGCUGGCUUACAGAGGACACGUUGAUCCUAAAAACAGCCAUAUUUCGUACUAAUCUAGUUGCCUGAUAGGCAAGGUGAUUUGACUGGAAGUGGUUAUGUUUAUUUCUUUUUAGUUUUGACUAGAAUGGUUUUAUUUAUUGUACAUUUUUUAUGUACCUGUUGCAGUGGAUUAAUUUAUUUAUUUAUUACCUGUAUUUUAUAUUGAAUAGAUUAUAUUUUUCGAAU